CAGCAUGUCAGUAAGCUUAGCUACACGCUUUAGCCAAUAGGAUUCAGAGAAGUUGCCAACUCCCUUCAGUCGUGGACAUUAUGGCUUCCUAGCUCUGAGGUUUUCGAACCGGUUAAACUUCUCUUCGCUAAAUUAUAUGCAUGCGUAGGGAGACUGAAGAUGUCAGUAUUCCUUAUCAUUAAGAAUUUGCACUUAACCAGGCCGUCUUUUCGGGCCGUUCGACCUCUUCUGGGUAGUUUUUAUCACACCGAAAAAGGGGUUUAUGGGUACAAACCAAGGGGGGCCGAUACAAACGUGAACUUGAAGAGUGAACACAUCUCUUCUCUUAAUCAAGAUCAUGGCCUGGCACGACUGGUGGAAGCAUAUAGAGCACAUGGACACAAAGCUGCUAAAAUUAACCCUUUAUUUCCCGAGAAAGCAGUUAUGGAUGCCGUACCUGAAAUCAGCAUUUUAAAUGGAACCUUGCAAGGCCCUUUCAACACAGGCGGGUUGAAUCACUUUGGCAAGGCGGAGGCGUCCCUCGAGGAAGUAUUGGAGUACCUGAAUCACACAUACUGCGGGCAUGUCUCUGUGGAGAUUAUGCAACUCCAGAGCCUGGAAGAACGGGAGUGGUUUGCAGACCGCUUCGAAGAGCUGAAGAAGGAGGCCUUCUCGCCGGAGGAGAGGAGGCAGCUCGCUCGGCUCAUGCUGGAAUCUCAGGAAUUUGACCACUUCUUGGCCACCAAGUUCGCCACCGUGAAGCGAUACGGGGGCGAGGGAGCAGAGAGCAUGAUGGGGUUUUUCUACGAGCUGUUCCGGCUGGCGGCGUACAGCGGGGUGACCGACGUGAUCGUGGGAAUGCCCCACCGCGGGAGGCUCAACCUGCUGACGGGACUCCUGCAGUUCCCACCUGAGCUCAUGUUCCGGAAAAUGCGUGGCCUCAGCGAGUUUCCCGAGAACUCCCCGUCCACGGGGGACGUCCUCUCCCACCUGACCUCCACCGUGGACCUUGAUUUCGGGGCUGGGCACCCCCUCCAUGUCACCAUGUUGCCCAACCCCUCCCACCUGGAGGCCAUCAACCCGGUGACCCAGGGCAAAACCCGCGGCAAACAGCAGGCCAAGCAGGAGGGGGACUACUCCCGCGAGAGCAAUGCCCAGCCAGGGGACAAGGUCGUCUGUGUGCAGGUUCAUGGGGAUGCUUCCUUCUCCGGCCAAGGAAUUGUCGCUGAAACGUUUACUAUUUCACAGCUGCCCCACUACAGGGUGGGUGGAAGCAUCCACCUCAUUGUCAAUAACCAAGUGGGUUAUACCACUCCAUCUGAGAGAGGGAGGUCGACUUUGUACUGCAGCGAUGUCGGUAAGAUGGUGGACUGCGCCGUGAUCCACGUGAACGGAGACGACGCCGAGGACGUGCUGCGGGCGACCCGGCUGGCGGUGGAGUACCAGCGGCGGUUCCGGAGGGACGUGAUCGUGGACCUGCUCUGCUACCGGCAGUGGGGCCACAACGAGCUGGACGAGCCCUUCUUCACCAACCCGGCCAUGUACAAGAUCAUACGCUCCAGGAAGAGCAUCCCGGACACCUACGCUGACCUGCUGAUUUCGGAGGGGCUGAUGACGGAAGCGGAGCGGUCCGAGAUCAAGACCUCCCACUACGGCAUGCUGAACGACCGGCUGGCCAACAUGACCCUGUACAGCCCGCCCCCCACCAACCUGCAGGGCACCUGGGGCAACCUGGCGGAGCCUCAGGCCCGCAUCACCACCUGGGACACGGGCGCGCCCGCCCAGCUGCUGCAGUUCGUGGGCGCCAGGUCCGUGGACAUCCCCAAAGAGAUCCAGCUGCACGGUCACCUGGAGAAGACGCACGUGCAGGCCCGGCUCCAGAAGCUGGAGGAGGGGACCAAGCUGGACUGGUCCACUGCCGAGGCCAUGGCCUUCGGCUCACUGCUGUGCCAAGGGUUUAAUAUUCGCAUCAGCGGGCAGGACGUAGGGCGUGGCACCUUCAGCCAGCGGCACGCCAUGGUGGUAUGCCAGGGCACCAACGAUAUCUACAUCCCCCUGAAUCACAUCGUCCCAGAACAGAAGGGCUUCCUGGAGGUGUGUAACAGUGCCCUGUCCGAGGAGGCCGUGCUUGGGUUCGAGUACGGGAUGAGCAUUGCCCUGCCCAAUCUCUUACCCAUAUGGGAGGCGCAGUUUGGGGAUUUCUUCAACGGAGCGCAGAUAAUCUUCGACACUUUCAUCUCAGGAGGUGAGGCGAAGUGGCUGCUGCAGUCCGGGAUUGUCAUCCUGCUGCCACACGGCUAUGACGGGGCGGGGCCCGAGCACUCCUCCUGCAGGAUGGAACGCUUCCUGCAGAUGUGUGACAGUAAGGAGGAGGGCGUGGACAGCGACACGGUGAACAUGGGGGUGGUGAACCCCACCACGCCGGCGCAGUACUUCCACCUGAUUCGCCGCCAGAUGAUCCGCAACUUCCGCAAGCCGCUCAUCGUGGCGUCGCCCAAGACCCUGCUGCGCUUCUCGGGCGCCGUGUCCAGUCUGGCCGACAUGGCCCCCGGAACAUUCUUCAGACCUGUGAUCGGCGACUCCUCUGUGACCCCUGCUAGUGUCCAGCGGGUGGUGCUGUGCUCGGGGAAGCACUACUACGCCCUGCUGAAGCAGAGGGAGGCGUCGGGCGCCGCCCAGAACACGGCGCUGGUCCGGGUGGAGGAGUUGUGCCCCUUUCCCCUGGAGGCCCUGCAGAAGGAGCUCCACCAGUACGGCAACGCUAAAGAGUUUAUUUGGAGUCAGGAAGAGCCCCAAAACAUGGGUCCCUGGUCUUAUGUGGCACCUAGGUUUGAGAAGCAGCUGGCCUGUAAGCUACGAUUGGUCAGCAGGCCGCCUCUCCCCGUCCCGGCGGUGGGCAUUGGAACCAUUCACCAGCAGCAGCAGGAAGCCAUUGUUACCGCCACCUUUGCCUGAGGGACUGUGCCUACAGCAACGGCGGAACUGAAGAACCAGGGGAACUGAAUCCGUUUUCGAAAUUGAAGCAUUUAAAGGGGCAAUGUGGUGUGAGGACUUCGGGGGGGAGAGGGGGGGGGAUUGUUUAUGAUCGGUGAUAUCAGUUGCAGCCCUUCAAGAACUGGUGGCAGCAAUCCUUUUGAGACAUUUAGUCAGAAAUCUGGAAUAGAAUUUUGCAGUUAAAACUGACAAGCCUGUGGAUGCAGCCAAAUGCCUUGGCUUGAAACUUCAGUUGGUAGCUAACCCUUUCUCCGUUUGAAUACAAAUCCUGGGUGACACGUCUUAAGGUGACUAUGGUGAAUUGUGUGGAGAAUUUCUGAAAGAACUGUAGAACUAUUUAACAGUCGGUAUCUGUCGGGUAACUGCAGCUAACAGUAUUUCAGCUUCUGUAGUUGCAUUGUAGAGACAACCAAUAACUUACGGCUUAAACUUUCCACUUUAUUUCUGCGUAUUUUUUUCACACUGCAUUUCAUCAAAUAGACAGAAGACAGAAGAUUAUAUCCUGAAACUUUAAAAAGCACAAAGAAAUCCAAAUGGUGUCUUCCGUGUCCCCUGGUAUAGAUUGGAGUCUGCAAACUGUGAUUUAUGAUUCUGUAGCAGCGUUAGUCAGACUACCAGCACUUACGUUAAAGAUACUCAGCAUUAACAUGUAAAAACUUGAAAGAUGGUUACGAAGAGGUUAACAGUAAACCUUUUAAUAUAUAUUUUUGUAAGCUGUGAGCAGAGAUUUUGAUCCUUGGUCGUACUGUACAAGUAUACAAGUUAUCUUUUAAGCAGCCUAGAUCUUUCAGAGGAAAAGAGAUGGUUAGAGUCAAAAACCUCUAUUCAACAGUUUACUCCACAAUCAUUUGAAUGAUGGACUUAUCAAAUGUGUUGCAUUAAAAUUACUUUCAUUUCUUUUCUGUUGUAGCAGUUACAAUUAAAGGACUAUGCGCUGUGAGACUGUUUUAGUGUGAACGUCCCUCUAAUGUAAGAAAAGUUUCACAAUCGAGUGUUCAGACCAACUACCGACUGUGCAACACUAUACGUACAGCUAAAAUUAGACCAGUAUACUGUUGCAUAAUAACUGUCCACUGCUUGAAGCUCAGUCUGGCAAGUUUCCAUGAAUCCCAAUGGCAUAUGGGUUUAAUUAGAUUUUUU